UGACUGUCUCCAACUAGGAAAGAGGUAACUGCGCAGGCGGGCUUGAGAGAGCCGCUGUGUUAACAAUUUUGCCGUCCAGAUAUUGCCGGGUAACAAGCCUACGGAAGCAUAGGAUCGAUCAAGUGAUAAAGAAAGAGCGACUUGUAACUGUGAUGCCCACUGAGCUUAGCUAAUCUGCUGAAGAUCAAAAAAAGCCAUUCAACCCCCUUCAACGUUCUGUUGCGAAGCUUGCGCACAGCAGCAGUAGCCAUUAGGCUUAACGAUCAUAACAUUUUCAAAGCUGGCCAUCCAGAGGCAACUCGAAAGCGUCAAGUUAAAAGUCAACCGACCGUCAAGAUGAGAGUCGAAAUCAAAAGCGCUGCAAAUUUUCUGACGAAUCUCCUGAGGGUGAAGAAGGGAGAUACCGUACAGAACAUGAACAUUCACCAACUGGAACAGUUUUGCAGCAAGCUGGAAGAUAUGCUUUGUCAUCACUACCAACAACACUGGUUUCCCGAAAAACCUUUCAAAGGUAGCGGAUACAGAUGCAUCCGGAUCAAUCAUAAAAUGGAUCCCAUCAUUUCGAAGGCUGGAUUAGAAUGCGGAUUUGACGAGGAGAAACUUCGGCAGCUCUUUCCCGACGAGCUGACACUGUGGAUCGACCCCAAGGAGGUCUCGUACAGGAUCGGCGAGAAUGGCAGCAUUUGUGUCCUCUUCGACGAAAGAACUGUGAAGAAAACUUGCCAAGUCUCAAAUUCUUGGGAUAGGAGCCCUACGAGGACUGUCACGAUAACUGUAAACCGGAACGACAAUUCCGACAACUCCAUGUCCGAGGAUGAUUGUGGUAGUCCGAUGAGUAUGUCGCCGCCCUCUCCCGUGUUCGAUCGAAUGCCUUCGUGCAAAGAAAGCAUGCGGGGAACAGGCUCUAAUUGGGACUCAUUCAUCAUGGAUCCUCGCAACAUCAAUUACGAACUCUCAACGUACGUUUCAAGCUAAAAGCGAUUCAAUUGCAAAAAAAAAAUAAUAAUUAUGCUAAUUUUCCCCUCGCCAAACGACCAUCAUCCGUUCUCCAUUGGAGAAUGCGAUAUAUUGUGAUCUUCGAUAAUACAAACAAAAAAGACUUGUAAUAUACCAUCAUUGAUACAUUUUAUCACAUUCAUCUUAGAAGUUUUGGCCAAAUUUUCUUUGGCCAUUUUUAACUAGCAUCCGAGUGAUAAUGCUAUAAAAUGUGAGGUAAAAUUAUCUUGACUAUCGUGAUCCUGGAAGUACAAAGUAAAAUUUAAUCAAGGGACCACCUAUGUGAUAAUUCCAUAAUCAGCUGGUUUCCCGUGAAACAAAAUUCUACAAUAGCUAAAAUUUUCACAUAUGUAAUGAUGGUCGUUUUUUAAAAUUUUUAACUAAAGUAAGUUGCCUCUUAACACAAUGGUAAAGUUAACAAUUUCUCUACUCGUAUUUGUUGUAAUCAGAAAUGUUUAUCCUAUUACCAAUAAAGUCUUGAAAAUGAAUAAAAAUUACCUACCUAAUUUUUAAAAUAGUUUUUUUUUUUUUUUUCAAACUAAUGUAAACAAAGUGCUUAUUUGGUUAUCGAUUGAUGCAAAAAUCAAUCUUGUGCAUAUUUAAAUGCAUAAUUAAACAAGAUUAAAAAGUUCUUUUUCCAAAUUAAAAUAUAUUGCGAAAUUAAUGUAUCAACUCAUUAGAGCAGAGUAUGAUUUUCAGUUCCAUCAAAAUUUAAAAUUCAAGCAAGAGGUACAAAAAUGGCAAUUAAGUAAAAAUUUCAAUUAUCCAUAGUAUAGAAAUUUAUCAUAAGAAGGUGUUAACUUUAACAAAAUAAAAGAGGCUGCUUAACUUUUGGGUAAAAAUUUUCUAAAAAAUGAACUAUCUUUGCUAAUUUCUUAGCUUUAAAAGUUAUUUGCUUUCCUGAUUUAUUAAAUGCAUUUGCACACACAGGACUGAUUACUCUGGAUAUCGACCUGGAAUGGAUAAACUACGAUCUUGAUUUUCCUUGAGAAAUGAUUGCUCUGGAAAAACAAAAUGGAAUAUUUUCUACUCUUAUGAAAUAUAUUAAAUUAUUCUUUUUGCAUGCCUAAAUUUUAAUAUCUGCAAAUACUGCAAUUUUGAAAAUAUUUAAUAAUUAUCCACUUUAUUGUAUGUAACUAUGAAAAAUGAUUUAUUCUCUAGUUUUUUGAAGUGCUAUUGUCUUCAAUCAUCUAUAUAUGUGCACCAUUUAUAUAUUUUUUAAAGUCUCUGAAAAAUAAUAGCAAUUUUUUCCCCUUAAGAAAACUAGAUAUAAUAUUUCCAAUGUAAUCCUAUAUGGAAAGCUUAAAGCAACUGAAAUAUACAUCAAGUUUUUAAGGCAUUUUAAAAAUAUUGAAAAUAUUUUUAAAAAUCAGCUUGAAGUUUUUGUUUUUUAUGUAAAAGAAAUAAAUACCUAGUCAUGCAUAUAUAUACUGCUUCUCAUUCCAAAAGGAUAUUUUGCAAUCUUUUUUUUCUUCACAAAAUUGCAGUAUUAAAAUAACUGCUUAAUGUUUUACUGUAAGUGUAAUUCUCCCUGCUGUAAGUUAAGAAAAUUAAGUCAGCAGCACAAUUUAUUUUAUAUUGUGAUUUUUGUUAUUCCAUUGAUUUUUAUUAUUAUUUUCUUUUUUAAGUAGAGACAGACCUGUAGUAAGAUAGUUAUGUCUAUGAGUUAGAUUCCAGCAGGGAUGGGAGACUUUUUUUUUUUUCACAUUAAUUGUAAUCUGCCAUUAUGUGGUAUUCCCCCCCCCCCUUCCCCCCAUUUUUUGUCAAUUAUGUUUUUGUUCUCUGCAUGGUUUCCAAUUGUAUAAUAUCAUAAGUUUUUAAAAUUCAUUGGUGCAAGUAGUCUUUGUUUGUAUUCAUAUAUAUUUUAGCAUUUGUUUUGUGAUUUGAUUUUUAUGAAUUUUUAUAUUGAACUAUUCUUUGAUUUUCUGAUAUGCAUUGUUUGACCGAAGUUAGCCACUUUGUUCCGAUCUAUUUAAAAUUUAAUUAACUCAUAUUUAGAGAGUUUUCAAUUAUUAUUAAAGUUAUUUUUGAUUAACAUCUUAUUUUUAAAAUUCUGUAAUAAGAUCAACUUCUAAUGUUUUUACUCCAACACAUGCUUUUAAUACUUAAAUAUUGUAGGUAUGUAGCAUUCCUUUCGGAUGUUUUUUUUAAACAUUUGAAAACAAAAUCAAAUUUACUAGUAUUUUUGUGAGAUGUGGAAUCAAAAAUCAAUCUGUUAAAAUUUUCUAGCAUGUUCUUAAUGAAUUAUUUACAAUAAUUUUCUUCAACUAAUUGUGCUUUUCAACAGUGUGUUUGGAGAGCAAAUUCAGAAACAAUUAAUAAAUUAAUUUUAAAGAAGUGACAAAAAGAAAAUUUUAAGACGCUGCUAAAAAAUUUUUUCUAAUAUUUUAUAUUUGAUUUUUAAAAACUGCUUUUUUUCUUCAAUUGUGUUUUUACAUUUUUCAUAUAAAUUUUACUGCAAAUCAAACAUUGAAAAAAAAAAAAGGCCUAAAUAGACUUGUACACGUAUCAAUUUAUAAUUCAAAAAUAAAGUUAGAAUUUUAAAAAAAAGUAUGAAGCUAAGUAUCUUGUUUCAAUGUCAUUGUUUGAAGUGAAGAAACAAGUAUAUUUUAUUGCAUUAAAAAAAUUAAAUUGUUAAAUUCAACUGCAGUUUCUCAACAUAUUUUGCUUUAAGUUUAAACUUAAUCUUAUGUGAGGUGUUUUAAUCAAGCAUUUUCAAUCAUUUUAAUUAUGCCUAUGUACUGUUUUGUCCUUUUCCAAUUCAUGUUCUCAUCUAGAUUGUGCCAUUUUACCCUCUGGUGCUACUAGCCACUGACUACUCACAAAGAAAAUGACAGUCCUUAAGCAGAGUAAAUAGUACAAGACAAGGUACUGACUAAUUGUUCACAGAUUAUUUGUAACUUGUUUUCAAAUUUUUUCCUUUAACUAGUCAAAACAAACUGUAAAAUGUUGCCAAAAUCAAUGUUGUUAAAAGUCAAAAUUUUAUGUUUAAUUUAUCGACAAAACAAACCAUGAAAUUACAUCAUAAAAGAAGAAUUCUGCCAGGUUAUAAAAUUUACCCAUCAACAAUUGUUGCUAAUACCUUACCCCUUUGCUGAGAUGGAAUGGAAAGGGUAGAAUUUAUUUACAAAAUAAAUAAACAAAUGAUUAGCAUCACGCGCUGGCGCGAGAUCUUCUGCGAAAGUGUUGAAAUAUAAAAUAUUUCUCCAAAUAAAAUUUAAAAGACCAUUAAUUAACAUGAAAAGUUCCAAUCAAACCUCAAAUUAAAAAAAAAAAAAAAAAAAGAGCAGAAAGGGUAACUGCUAUUUCAGCAAUGGGACAUUUUUCAGCCAUCUCAACAUGUACCACAUCAUGAAAAAAAAAUAACAAAUUCUAUAAUUAUUGAUACUGAAUUAUAAGUUACUGAAGUAUAAGUGAAAAUUUUAGAGUUCUUAAUUACUAGCUAGUAUCGUGUAAUUGUUUGGGAUGAAAAGAAAAAUUUUUGUGAGUAAAAUUGUGCUCUUAGCAUUGUGUGAGGGGGCACAUUCUAUUGAACAGUUAAAGAAAGACAAGUAUUAACUCUCCUAAAAUUACCUGAAAAUGUGUAGUAUGAACUGUUUUUAAUAAUGCUUCAUGACUUAGAGUAAUUGAAUAUUCAAAGAGAUGCUUCAAAGAAUCAUGUAUGUAAAAGAUCUUUUUGAUAUUCAGCUAUUCUAACGACGGUGUCAUUUAUGUUUUUCUAAUGCUAGUUUAUCUUGAUUUUGUAAGUGUUUGUAUGCAUAGUAACAUUGUGAUCUCAACUUCCCACUUUGAAAAAAAAAAACUGUGUAAGGUUCUGAACCACUUGGGAGUCAGCCCUGAACUUGUGAUAAUUAUGCACUUAGCCUUACUGUAUGUAAGGAUUGCCAUGUUUCUAAUGACAGGUGUACGUUAUAAGUGAUUUUUCAAUCAUCUUGUGGAUUGUAAAUUAGCGUCUCAUGCCCAGUACUGGAAUAUUCAGCGGUGAUUUAUUUCCUUGCAAAAAAAAUGCAAUAUUUAAAACUCGAAUACCUGUGAUUUUUGCUUUGGAAGUACUGUUUAGUUCUUUUCCAAUCCCUUAGGAUUAUGAAGGAUAUUAAAUCUGCUUCACCGAGUAAGUUUGUUCCCAAUUUAUUUCAUUAAAUUCUAAAGUAAUGUUUCACAUGAUGUGCCAUAAAAUUAACUAUUGGAUGAAGUUUAAUGUUCGUUAGAUGGGUGAUAGUUAAAUAUGUAUUCAUUAUAUAUUUUAUCUCUACCUCGAUUUGUACUUUUUUCAAUUCUAUUUAGUUUGGAAAGUAAUGUUGGAGAACAGUUAUUGCUGGCAGCUGUUGUUUACGAUCUUAGGUUUCACCAUUUCAUUUUCCUCUGUGGCAUUAAUAGGUAAUCAUGACUUUUACAAAUGGAGCUUAAGACGUUGAACUUCAUCUGAUAUUUAAUUCUUACAUUGUUGCUGCAAUUAUGUGGAGAUGAUGAAUUAGUAGGUAUUGCGUUUGUGUGAGCUGUUGAUUUGUUGUUAUUUGUGAUGUCAUCCUAUAUCAAAGAAGCUUUGCUGUGAAAAAGAUAUGGACUAAGUGAAACCAUUUAACAUUAUCACUCCAUCCUAGUCAUUUUGUAGCAUGGGAUGUGCAUUUCUGCGGUGUGCAAGGCAAGUGUAAUUCCUAAGAAAAUGCAUCUUUCUUAAAUUGACGCACAAAAAUGUAGGUUUUUUUAUAUCGAGAAAGUCGGGGAAAAUAAGCAUUUAGAAAUGUCUUAUGCCACCCUUUUACAUAAUUAACAUCAUGGAUGGACUGGCUCAUCAAAGUUCAGGGCCAAGCACAAUUUUUAUCCCUUUAUGAAUAUUUCUAUAGAUUUUAGCCUGUUGGCAUCUCAAUCAAUAAAAGUUUAGUAAAUGUGCUUAAAAUGAGUGGCAAAUUUACUCAUCAUUUUAGACUCGGUAGAUUACCUUUUUACCUGCCAACUCGUUUCCAGGACCGGAUCAUGAAUUCUUCCUCGCGUGAAGCAUCUUGCAGAUCUUGUAAAAUACUUAAGUGCAAUUAAUUUAUAAUCUGCAUUAGAUUGUGAAAUUGCCUUGACUCACCGGUAAAUAGGCUAAUUUUCUAAUUGGUAUCGUUAGUUCCUAACCAACUUAUGAUUGAUGGAUUAUGUAAUUUAAAUUAAUGAAAUACACUGAUUAAGAUUCAAGCAUCAUUGCAAUCGUGAAUCAUCCGGUCCUGUUCUGCUUAUCUAGUAUGUCACGGGUUAAGUCGGUUCCAUCCCUGCUAUAAGUGAAUGUCUAUGCAUUUUAGAAAUAGUGAGUUUGUGGAUUGUGUCAAUUUAUUUAUACUCCAAAUGAAUAUAAGGUGUUCGUGAUCAAUCUGAUUUUGUGAUGAAGAUCACCUCUGUGCAUUAAGCUUCGAAAUGCUGCAGGAGAUGCUAUUGAAGGUUACCGACGCAGCAUCAAUAAUGCUAAAUUAUGUGUCAUUAAACAAUCUAUUUUUAAAAUUCAAUAUUUGAAAAGAAAACAUAUUCUAGUUACUAAACUGAUAUUUCAUCUUUCCGUAAUAGUGAAAAAUGUAUAAAAAGUAAAAUGCUGUCCUUAAAAAAAUGCAACCUUUAUUUUUUCAACCUAAUAUUCUACAAAAUACUAUAGUUAUACUAUAUUAAUAAAAGUGAAAUUUAAAGUUAUUUCUGACUGACUCUAACAGUCCUUAAAUAAUUAUUGACUGCAGUAAGCCCUCAUAUUAUGCUUGUUAGAAUUUGUUUGAAGGACUAUUAAAGAUUUUUUUGUGUGAACAAUUAUUAUAUCACUAAGCUUCAAAAAUUGAAUUUACUUAAUGCAAAAAUCCAACAGUAAUGUAGUAAUUUCACAACUUUUUUUUCCCCCCAGAUAGGCAAAAAUAUUUUUUCGAGCAAAAUAUCUCAAUAUUCACAUCAAGCUUUUCACAUAGUCCUUAUUUUUUUAGUCCCUUUUCUUUCUUGGAUUUUAAAUGUUGCAUUUUGUAUGUUUUUUUAAUUUUAAAUUUAUUAUUAUUAAUUAUAUAUAGUAUGUUAUGUUUUUUUUGCCUAUAGUAAAUUACAAUGCGAAUAGGAUUUUAUAAACAAUUCUUUUUCCCAAGUUUUGAAUUACCAAGUUUUAAAUUAGUGUUUCUCACAUUUUUUACAAUUGAAUUCGUCCUCAAUAUUGAUGCUGAAGUUGGUGAUAACUCAUGCAUUUCUGUGCAAGUUGUAGUGCCUAAAAUAUAAAUUGUGAAAGAUAAUCUGUUACACAAAGAGAAAAAAAGAAAGAAAAUUCAACGAACUCCUUUAUUGUUUGGAAAUAAAAAAAUUGAUUUUUACAUUUCAUUUUGUUGGAGAUUAAAGCGUAAGCAAGUUACAAACUUGCCUGGUGGCAAUUAUGGGUACUGCAUGCAGUUUCUUGUUUCUUCAGACUGUCUCUGGCAGGCUGUCUUGUAUUGUAAAUGUCUCGUGUGUAUGAUACAUUUUUUGUGGUGGCAGUAAGCUGUACAAUUCUUCCUGUACAAAUACUGUAAAAAGCUAUUUUUUCUUUGUAUAGUGACUUAAAUGGAGGUUUUGUACAGUGAAAAAUAAAGCAUGUCUACAAAGCAAAGUAAA